GAGGAAAAUUGGGUAAAAAAUGAGGAAAAUGGGUAAAAAUGAGAAUUGUGGCAAAAAAAGCAAAAAAUUCAGAAAUUGGGCGAAUCGAAAUCGGGUGAAAAUUGAGGAAAUCGGGCAAAAGGAGGAAAUUGAGCAAAAACGUGCAGAAAUUUGACCCGAAAAAUGAGAAAAUUGGGCAAAAAAAGAGAAAAUAAUGAGGCGGAAAAGGCGGGAAUUGGAUUCGGGUGGAGGAAAUUGGGUGAAAAAAGGGGAGAAUUGGGCAAAAAGUGAAGAAAUGGGGCAAAAACUGAAGAAAUGGGGCAAAAAGUGAAGAAAUUGGACAAAAGCGGGGACCGCCCCUCCCCCGACCCCCCGCUGCCGUCCGUCUGUCCGUCCUUCAGCCCAUCCCCAUCGGCCGUCCGUCUGUCCCUCCAUCCCCAUUGUCUCCGCGACCCUCCGUCCAUCCCUGCGUCUGUCCGUCUGUCCAUCCUUCUGUCCAUCCGGUUGUCCGUCUGUCCGUCCAUCGCCACAGCCCCGCGUCCUUCCAUCCGUCCCCCGUGUCCGUCUGUCCGUCCCCAUGUGCCUCUGUCCAUCCCCGUGUCCGUCCGUCCGUCUGCCCUUCGGUCUGUCCUGUUGCCCGUCCGUCUGUCCGUCCGUCCCCCACGUCCGUCCGUCCUUCAGUUCAUCCCGUUGUCCGCCCGUCCCGUUUGUCCCCUGUGUCCAUCUGUCCGUCCCCAUGUGCCUCCAUCCAUCUCUGUGCCCGUCUGUCUGUCCAUCCUUCGGUCCGUCCGUCUGUCCGUCCGUCCCCCACGUCUGUCCGUCCUUCAGUUCGUCCCCGUGUCCGUCUGUCCGUCCGUCUUCUCAAUCCAUCGCCGUGCCCAUCCGUCCCCGUGUCCCUCCGUCUGUCCGUCCGUCUUUCAGUCCGUCCCAUUGUCUGCCCGUCGGUCCGUCCAUCCAUCUGUCCUUCUGUCCGUCUGUCCCCACAUCCCUCCAUCCAUCCCCGUGUCCGUCUGUCUGUCUGUCCAUCCAUCCCAGCGUCCCUGUGUCCUUCCAUCUGUCCCCACGUCUGUCUGUCUGUCUGUCCCCAUGUCCCUCUCCCCAUCUCUUUGUCCAUUUGUCCGUCCGUCCCCGUGGUCCCACAUCCUUCCAUCCGUCCCCAUGUCCGUCUGUCCGUCUCUGCGUUCUGUGUCCGUCUGUCCGUCCCCGUGUUCCUCCAUCCAUCCCCACGUCUGUCCGUCCAUCCAUCCGUCCUUCAGUCCGUCACGGUGUCUGUCCGUCAGUCCGUCCAUCCCCACGUCCAUCCGUCUGUCCAUCUGUCCCUGUGGCCCCACGUCCAUCCGUCUGUCCCCACCUCGUCUCAGCCGUUCUCACAUCCAUCUGUCCGUCCAUCCUUCGGUCCACGUCCUCCGUCUGUCCGUCCAUCCCCAUGUCCGUUUGUCCAUCCUUUUGUCCCUGUGUCUGCCUUCGUGUCUGUCCGUCCCCGCAAGUUCGUCUGUCUGUCCUUCUGCUUGUCCCCGCAUCUGUCUGUCCAUCCGUCCCGAUGUCCGUCUGGGCAGCCCUGCGUCCUUCCACCUUGUCCCCCUGUCCAUCUGUCCUUCCCUCCAUCCGUCCCCGUGUCUGUCUGUCUGUCCAUGUGUCCCCGCAGCUGUCCGUCCUCCUGUCCCCGUGUCCGUCUGUCCGUCCCCAUGUCCUUUCGCCCGUUCAUCCCCAUGUCCUCCUGUCUGUCCAUCCAUCCCGGUGUCCUUCUGGCCAUCCUUGUGUCCGUCUGUCUGUCUGUCUGUCCGUCCAUCCCCGUGUCCCCACGUCUGUCCGUCCCCACGUCCCUCCAUCCGUCCCCGUGUCCGUCUGUCCUUCCGUCCAUCCAUCCUCAACGUCCAUCUGUCUGUCCAUCUCCGUGUCCGUCCAUCCAUCCCCACAUCCCGCCAUCUGUCUCCAUGUCUGUCUGUCUGUCUGUCCCCGUGUCUCCGUGUCCUUCCAUCCAUCUGUCCCUGUGUCCGUCUGUCCUUCCAUCCAUCCACCCCCAUGUCCGUCUGUCCCUCUGUCCAUCGCCAUGUCCUUCCAUCCAUCCCCACGUCCGUCUGUCCUUCCACCCAUCCAUGUCCCCAUGUCUGUCCGUCCGUCUCCACAUCCAUCUGUCCGUCCACCCAUCCAUUCCCCACAUCUGUCCAUCCGUCCCCACGUCCGUCUGUCCAUCCCGGUCGCCUUCAGUCUGUCCCCGUGUCCGUCUGUCCUCAUGCCCCCCCCAUCACCUCCGUCCGUCCCCGUGUCCGUCUGUCUGUCCACCUCCAUGUCCACCCGUCCAUCCCCAUGUCCAUCCC